CUCGCACGUGACUUGCUUCGUCACUUUCGUAAAACCCCUUGACUGUGUUUUUGCUUCUUCCGCCAUCAAAAUCAAAACUUUCAAAACCUCCAAAAUCCAAUUUUUAUCUCAUGAAUCUCUGUUGCAAAUCUCUAUGCAUAUACGUACACAUACUCUAUAUGUGUGUACGUUUAGCUCUUUGUUGCUUGAUCAUGGCAAUCUUCAGAUCUCUCUUCUGUCUUUCUCUUGUUUCGCAGUGCGAUUUAAGCAGAUUGAUUGCUGGAUUUUGGAAUUGGAAGGACGUUUAUCUGCUUUCUGAAUUUGAAAUUUUGCAACCGAGGACUUGAAAAUGGGAGCUAAGUGUUGCAGAGGUCACCGAGGAUCAGUGGUGGAAUCAAAUGGUUCCGUGAUCUUGUCGUUAGCUGACCUAGAGGUCCAAGCUACUGACCUUAGGGAGAUGACUGUGGUAGAGGCAAGAGAUGCUGCUGGACCAUCAGAACCAAGACCUCCAAGUCCUACCUUGAGGCCUUCAGAAGUUGAGGAGACAUCCGAGCCUGUAUGUCAGGGAUCACUAGUAGAAACCUCUAAUACUGAUGAUGCUGGACCAUCAGAACCAAAUCCACCAAGUCCUACCUUGAGGCCUUCAGAAGUUGAGAAGAUAUACGUGCCUGUAUGUCAGGGAUCACUAGCAGAAACCUCUAAUCUUGAUCAAGAUGGGGUGUCAAGUUAUGAAGCAUCGAAUAUUUUUUGGAGUACUGGGUCCUUAUCAGACCCGAUCCCAAGUGGUUUUUACACUGUGAUCCCGGUUGAGAGAUUGAUGCAUUUUAAAAGCAUUCCUACAUUGGAAGAAAUUAAUGCGCUGGGGGAAGAUCGUCUUAAGGCUGAUGCGAUUUUUGUAGAUCUUAAGAACGAUAUACAGCUUGUUUUGAUAAAGGAGUUUGUCAUCAAACUUGUCACAGGAUUGGACUCCGAUAAAGUUAUUAAGAAAAUUGCUGGACUGGUGGCAAAUAUAUAUAAAAGAAAAACUCUGCAGAGUCCGGCAAGAACGCUGCAAUAUUUUGACGUUCAAGGGUUUACCCUGCUAGGACAAAUCAAGCAUGGUUCUUGUCGUGCACGAGCAAUCCUCUUUAAAGUUCUAGCUGAUGCUGUUGGUCUUGACAGUAAGCUUGUAAUGGGUUUCCCUACUGAUCUGAGAUUUUCUGCUAGCAUCGACUCAUAUAAUCAUAUCUCUGCUGUGGUUGAGCUCAAUAAUGUUGAAAUGCUAGUCGACCUUAAGCGAUGUCCUGGUCAGCUUAAACCCUUCUCACCCAAGGCAGUUUAUAUGGCUCAUAUCUCAAUGGCAUGGCAGCCUGAUUUUGUAGACAAUAACCCUUGUGCUUCACCAUUGGAGCCAAACAGUCCCAUGGAACGGUCUGGUCCACCAUCUGCAUUACAAUCCGGUUUAAGUCGUUCACUAGGCGAGCCAAACAUAGCUACUGAAGUUUUGCGGAGAAAGGUCAUCAAGGAACCGCCACCUGCUGAUUUCAGUGGUAACUCAGGAGCAGCGGAAUCGGAAAGUAAGAGAACAAAUGGAAGGUGUAUGAAUACUCCUGAUCUAAACAAUGACAUUGCCAGGGCAACAAUGAUGCAGAGUGACCUCUUGAAAGAGCGAGGUGUUGAUGAUUCAUCUCCUUACUCUCCAGAUGAAAAGAAUGUCUCUGGUUUCCAGCUUGAUUCCCAUGACCUAGUGUCUGGUGAAUGUUCGACAGUAUAUCCGCGGAAGUCAAUAUCAUUGCCGUCAUCUCCGCGAAGCUAUCAAAUUCAAUUAUCUGAAAGAAGUGAACAUUCACCUCAAGAAAUAAGCCACAUUUGGAAUGAAGUGCUGGAGUCUCCAAUGUUCCAGAAUAAACCUUUGUUACCAUUUGAAGAAUGGAACAUAGAUUUCUCCAAGUUGAAAGUUGGGGCUUCUGUUGGGAGUGGAACUUCUGGAGUAGUAUGUCGUGGCGUCUGGAAUAAAACUGAAGUUGCGAUCAAGAUAUUUCUUGGACAACAGCUUACAGCUGAGAACAUGAAAGUUUUCUGCAAUGAGAUAUCUAUUCUUAGGUAUGUGUCCUUUAAUUUUUUCUGUGCCUUUGCAACUUAUCUUCUCACCUUUCUUCCUGUCUUCUCUUCUGUGCAGCCGUCUUCAACAUCCCAAUGUUAUUCUGCUCCUUGGAGCAUGCACAAAGCCUCCUCAGUUAUCACUGGUCACAGAGUAUAUGAGUACGGGGUCCUUGUAUGAUGUGAUCCGUACCAGAAAAAAGGAGUUGAGCUGGCAAAGGAAACUAAAGAUUCUGGCUGAAAUUUGCAGGUGUUUCAUUUCUACACUAAAUACUUUCCGUUAAUAUUUUCGCCACAUUUAGAGCUUUCUAGAGACACUCCAUAGAUUUGAUCACCAAGUUCUCAUAAGGAUCAAGAUUCACACCGUCUCCUUUUAACAUAACAAAACUUAGAAAUAGUGCCAGGAAGCUCUCAUAAUCAUUUGUAUUUUUUUGUUUCACAGGGGUUUGAUGUACAUACACAAGAUGGGGAUAGUCCACCGUGAUCUAACCAGUGCGAACUGCCUGUUAAACAAGUCGAUAGUCAAGAUCUGUGAUUUUGGGCUCUCGAGAAGGAUGACAGGUACGGCAGUGAAAGAUACUGAAGCUGCAGGAACUCCUGAGUGGAUGGCUCCUGAACUUAUCCGCAAUGAACCCGUCACAGAAAAAAGCGACAUCUUUAGCUUUGGUGUUAUAAUGUGGGAACUUAGCACUCUAUCCAAGCCCUGGAAAGGAGUCCCAAAAGAAAAAGUCAUUCAUAUCGUUGCAAACGAAGGAGCCCGGCUCAAAAUACCUGAAGGACCACUACAGAAGCUUAUUGCAGAUUGUUGGUCGGAACCAGAGCAAAGGCCGAGCUGUAAAGAGAUACUGCACCGUCUUAAGACCUGCGAGAUUCCGAUUUGCUGA